AUGCUGUCCGGGGACGUGGUGGGCAUGUGGGGGGUGGCCCUCAGCGACGGAGUGUACAGGAUAGAGUUUGCGCAUGGCACCACCACGGGGAAACGCGUCGUGUACGUCAACGGACAGGAAGUGGUCCGAAGGGACUGGAUGUUCAAGCUGGUGGGGAGGGAGGCGUUCACGGUGGGCCGCGCUCACACCAGAGCCUGCGUCAACAUCGAGGCAGUCACCGGCUUCUCCUACGAGUACUCGCUGGAGAUCGGCGGCAAGAGCCUGGAGAAGUUCCGCCACGACAGGGCAAAGGUCACCACCACCUGGAUCCUGAAGGUGGAUGGAGAGGACUUCAGGGUGGUGCUGGAAAAGGACACUAUGGAUGUGUGGUGCAACGGACAGAAAAUGGACACAAUGGGCGAGUUUGUUGACGACGGCACCGAGACCCGCUUCUCCGUGGGCGACCACGAGUGCUGCAUAAAGGCCACGAGUGGUGGGAGGAAGAAGAGCGGCAUCGUGCACUAUCUGCUGCUCGAUGGAGAGACGAUGCCCGCACUAUGACAGCAACUUUGAACCAAAUUCUUAAAUAUAAAUAAUAAUAAUAGUCAGUCCAUCAUUAUUAUUAUUGUUAGUAUUAUUAAUAAUAAUAAUAAUAAUAUUAAUACAAAUAAUAAUGAUGAUAACGUCUCUCAAACAUUCUUCUUCAUCUUCUUGUUUUAUUAUUAUCAUGAUAUAGGCCUACCACUAUGCUACCUGAUUCUGUUUGACGAGAUAGAUCAUUGCAUGGUAUUUAGUUUUUCUAAGUAUAAGUCCACUUUUCUGGUGAGAUGUGUCCAAUGAUAAAUAAAGCAUGUUUUGUGCAUCAGC